GUAUUGUUCUUUUUUGUUCUGGUUUAGAUCUGGUAUGUGAUAGAUGUGUAAUUAUCCAUGAGCAAGCGAUUACUAUGGCUUCACCCAGUGCAAUUUCUGCCACUCCAGCUGCACCUGAUAUUAACGAGAUAUUUGACAAUAUAUUGCUAGGAGAAGACCGGUCUCAGCAAGUGGGUUACAGUGAGGGGUACCAGCAAGGCCUAGCUCAAGGCUACAGGGAUGGCUUCACGGCUGGGAAGAAACAGGGUAUCAUAAUAGGAAAGAAGGUUGGAUACAUACAUGGAUUUGCUAUAUCUUAUCUUACUCUGUUUGAAACAAUUUCAUUUGAUGAUGAAAAGGACAGGAGUAAACACAGACGAAAGAUCAAGGCUUUGUGCGAUCUAAUAGAGAUGGUUGACAACUUUCCUCUCAGUGAUCUCCAGUACGACAGUUUCUUUGAGGACUUGGAGAAAAUAAGAGCCAAAUACAAGCAGGUAUGCUCACUGCUGAACGUCAGUUGUACGAUAGACGAUGACGAGGAGCCAUCGUAUGCGUUUUAAUCAAUGAGAUAGAGGAACAGAGGAGGAAGGGGGAGGAAUGUUGGUGAAGGCAUCUAGGACUGGCCUGCAAGAAGCCCUCCUUGGCAUCACACGUCGAAGGUUCUGCCGUCCGGCUUAAUUCUCUUCCAUCGUGAAAUUUGGACGAAGUUGGGAGAUUGUGUUGCUUUCAAGGUGGGGCUAUGCUGGAUAGUUGUUGCCACAUGCGAAUGCAUCAUGGAUACAGAAAAGAAAUGCAACUAAUGCAAUGCUGCUAUAGUGAUUAAAGUAAUAGCAAAUUGCAUAAUAUAUAUUAUGUUGAAUUUGUCUAAAAAUAUUGAUCACAUAGGUUUCUAUAGAUGUAGGCGAGUUUUGUGGACUUCUACGUAUAGUGAGAUUAAAGUAGCAGCAAAUUGCAUAUAUUAUGGUAAAUUUGCCUAAAAUUAUUGAUGACAGAAUUUUCUACAGAUAAUGAUAUUGUAAAAUAUUGAUUGGUGUUAUAUAAAAUGCUUUUUUUUAUUGGUUGUGAAUACAUGCGCAUGUACAAUAUGCAUCGUUGGGAAACUAUACUAUCAGUAUUUAAAUUUAAAAAAAUUUAACAGCUGGUCACAAAGAACCAGUUGGUUGAAAGUGUAACUGUGUUUUCUUAUCAUUCUCAAAUGGUUUUAUAUAAGCUACAUAUGAAUGAUGUAUUUUAGAUUUCAGGCUAUUUUUGUAUGUAUACUAAGAUCUCCCUGAUUUCUAUAAUAGCCAUGAAAUACAUUGUAACCAUUGUGUAUUCUGAAAAUAGGGAUUCAGCAUAAGAGAAAUGGGGAAAUGUUAAAAAAUGAGAAAGCAAGCUUGGUUUGCAAGGACAAUAAACUAAAGUAAGAUUCACAGAACUUGA